GCGUGCGUGUGGACGCUUUUGGAGAGUUGGAAGGGAAUUUUCCCCCUCCUGACUUGAACACAGGGUGACUUGUUUUAUUUUUUUUUUUUUGGUGUGGAUUAUCUCUUUGGACCGUGCCGGACUUGGCCCCGGGAAGGCAACGGAGGCCGCCCAAGGCUGCUGGUGUAGACCGCUCUGCUGUGAAGGGGACCCCCCCUCCCGCCCUCUUUUCCACUUUUUUUUUUUUUCCUUCCUCCCUUCCCUCCCUUUUCCUUUCUCUCUCUCUCUUUCUCUCUCUCUCUCCACUCCCCCUCUUUCAUCCCUACUCAGCUCCUCUCCCCCCUCGCGCCCACUGCGUUUGGUGUUGAUUCGAAGGGGAAGAGGGGGGUGGGUGGGAUUGGAGGGGGAGACCAUGACCUCCAGCUACGCGCACGUUCUGGAGCGGCAACCGGCUCUGGGCGGCCGCUUGGACAGCCCCGGCAACCUGGACAGUCUGCAGGCGAAAAAGAACUUCUCCGUCAGUCACCUGCUAGACCUGGAAGAAGCCGGGGACAUGGUGGCGGCACAGGCGGACGAAAGCGUGGGCGAAGCGGGCCGGAGCCUGCUGGAGUCGCCGGGACUCACCAGCGGCAGCGACACACCGCAGCAGGACAAUGAUCAGCUGAACUCAGAGGAAAAGAAAAAGAGAAAGCAACGCAGGAACAGGACAACUUUCAACAGCAGCCAGCUGCAGGCUUUGGAGCGUGUCUUUGAAAGGACACACUACCCCGAUGCUUUCGUGCGAGAAGACCUUGCCCGCCGGGUGAACCUGACAGAGGCCAGAGUGCAGGUGUGGUUUCAGAACCGAAGAGCCAAGUUCCGCAGGAAUGAGAGAGCCAUGCUGGCGAAUAAAAAUGCUUCCCUCCUUAAAUCGUACUCAGGAGACGUGACUGCUGUGGAGCAGCCCAUCGUACCUCGUCCUGCUCCAAGGCCCACCGACUAUCUCUCCUGGGGGACAGCAUCUCCGUACAGUCAUCUCUCCUGGUUAACGCUCGGAUCACUCCUGUGUGCUAGCUGUGUCCCCGUUCCAGUUCCCAUGAAGAGGACACUGAUCAUCUGCCUAUUUCAGACUUCGAGAAGCAGAGUUAGACCUUGUACUUGGGAUCCCUGUUUCUGUCCAACUGUCAGGACACAUGAUUGUGUAUUUUUGUUAAAAAUCAAAACUUGCAUUGUAAUGGAUGUAGUAAAAUGUAUCAGAUUUGAAAAUCAUCUGAGCCUCUUUGUGACUAAGGUCUGUUUCAGAUCAGUGAUGCGUACCUCGGUGGAGGUCCAUAGUCCAGGAUGUCCGGGCAUCCCAAUGGGAUGACCAGUGUGACUUGGCCAUGUAGCUGAAGGACAGUGAGCAGAGAGUUCUGGCAGAAAACCAGUCUGCUGACUUCAUGGCUUUGUCUUGAAAGAAGGGAAGGGGAAGCUGGGUUCAAAAGCAGUCAUCCGUAUUUUGGCAAAAUUGUGGGUGGGAAAGAGUGAAUACCUUUUUUCUGAGUGUCUUUACAUCCAGAGUAGCGACCAUAUU